AUGGGGUCACAUUUCAAUACACUCACAAGUUUGAUGAAGUUGUUUGCGGAUGUUCUUGUAGUUUUAGAAUCUGUGAAAGUAGAUGGAGGGUCAUUGGCAAAACAUACAUUAUCAAAGCAACUUCAUAAAAAAGAUCUAGAAAUUUUAGAAGCGACUUCGAUGGUUAGAAGGACAAUGGAUGCAUUGCAAUCUUUAAGAGACAUGGGGUUUGCUAGCAUUUUGCUAAAGGUUGAAAUCUUCAACACGGUGGUGGAUAUUCAACUUACAGAAUAUCAGGAUCGAUUUAGUGAAACAAGCACCCAGUUGCUAGAAUACAUGGAUCUUGAAGGACAACUUGAGAUAUUUUAUCACUCUUGCAUCAAAGAUGAGCGGUUUACCACUUUGAAAGGAAUUUCCGAGCUUUCUCGAUUAAUGGUUAGUACGGGGAAACAUCGGUCUUAUCCUUUGGUUUAUAAGUUUUUAAUGUUGGCUUUGAUAUUACCUGUAGCGACCGCAAGUGUAGAAAAAUGUUUUUGGAAGAUGAAGCUCUUGAAUAGCGACUUGCAUAACAAAAUUGGCGAUGAGUUUUUGACUGACGCAUUGCUUUGCUAUGUUGAGACUGAAGCACUUGUGAAAGUUAAGAAUGAAAAAGUAAUGGAACAGUUUCAAAAGAUGUAUGCACGAAGAGGACAAAUUUAA